AUGGCUAAGGCCAGGGCACCGGAGGCCCCCCGGCCGAGUUUCCAUUCUGCCCUCUGGGUCUUGAUCCUGAAGCCCCUGGCACUGCGUCUGCUGCUGCCCCAAGUCACCCCGCUGGGCGACGCCUCCAUAGACUUGCCCCUCCGGGAGCUGCUGGGUCAUUAUUGCCACCUGCUGUCCACCUUCUCCAAUCUCACAGGUCCCUACUGCAAUGCCACCACUGACCAGAUUGGGACGUGCUGGCCCCGCAGCGCCGCUGGGGCCUACGUGGAAAGACCCUGCCCCGAGUUCUUCAACGGCAUCAAAUACAACACCACAAGGAAUGCCUACCGAGAAUGCAUGGGCAAUGGGACCUGGGCCUCCCGAAUCAACUACUCCCAGUGUGAGCCCAUCUUGGACGACAAGAGGAAAUAUGACGUGCACUACAAGAUAGCGCUCAUCAUCAACUACCUGGGUCACUGCGCGUCCAUGGGGGCUCUCCUCGCCGCCUUCCUGCUCUUCCUCGGUUUACGGAGCAUCCGCUGCCUCCGGAAUAUCAUUCACUGGAACCUCAUCACGACUUUCAUCCUCAGGAACAUCCUGUGGUUCCUCCUGCAGCUGAUCGACCACACGGUCCAUGAGAACAACGAGGCUUGGUGUCGAUGCAUCACCACCAUCUUCAACUACUUCGUGGUGACCAACUUCUUCUGGAUGUUUGUUGAAGGCUGCUACCUUCACACGGCCAUUGUCAUGACCUACUCUACAGACAAGUUGAGGAAAUGGGUCUUCCUGUUCAUUGGAUGGUUCAUCCCCUGCCCCAUCAUCAUCGCCUGGGCCAUCGGCAAACUCUACUAUGAAGAUGAGCAAUGCUGGUUUGGCAAAGAACCAGGGAACUAUGUUGACUACAUCUAUCAAGGCCCAGUGAUUCUGGUGCUCCUGAUCAAUUUUGUUUUCCUGUUCAACAUUGUUAGAAUUUUGAUGACGAAGCUUCGCGCAUCUACCACUUCAGAGACGAUGCAAUACAGGAAGGCAGUCAAGGCAACCCUGGUCCUCUUGCCCCUCCUGGGCAUCACCUACAUGCUCUUCUUUGUCAACCCCGGAGAUGACGAUGUGUCCCAGGUUGUGUUCAUUUACUUCAAUUCCUUCCUGCAGUCUUUCCAGGGCUUCUUUGUCUCUGUGUUCUACUGCUUCCUGAAUGGAGAGGUCCGAGCAGCUGUGAGGAAGAGAUGGCGCAGGUGGCAGGAUCACCAUGCCUUACGGGUCCGGGUUGCCCGGGCCAUGUCAAUCCCCACGUCCCCCACAAGGAUCAGCUUUCACAGCAUCAAGCAGACAGCCACUGUCUGAUGCUAUUACCCCCCCUUCCUCCCCCUCCCCCUCCAGAGAUGCUCCUCUUGCCUCUUUCUUGUCCUCCUCCUUUCUUGGGCAGUUUAACAUGGGGGAAGAGAGGAGAAAAGGGGCCUGGAUGGGUGGUGUAGAAGGAGAGUGAUGUCAGAGAAGUCGGGGCGUGCAGUGGGGUGGCGAGAUGACUGGAAAUGGCCCAAACCUGGGACCAGCAGAUCAGAAGAGCCGAGGCCUCUGUCACACUUGCCAGAGCACUCUUGUCCUCACAGUGUCCCCAGGAGAGAAAUGGAGGCUGAAUUAGUGUCUCCACUUGCCUGAUGAGGAAAUGGAGGCCUGGAGGGUCAGAGUCAGAGAGGAAGGGAUGGAAGGGGCUACAGAAGACCCUUAGUCCAGGCCAUUUUACAGAUGGGAAAACUGAGGGGAGAUCAUGGCCAUGGUUAUCCAGACACUCCACAAUGAAGCUGGGGCUAGGACUCAGGUCUCUUGACAGCCAGUUUUUUCCACUGCACCAUUUAUGGGACAGCCUUCCCCUCCCCCAGCUAGUUUCCCCAAGCUGCCGGAGCAGGAACACCAAAAGAUGCGUAGCUUCCUUCCAACCCAAUCUCCUCCCUGUUGUGUUGAGGCCCACUGGCCAGGCCUUGUGUAACCUGGCAGAACAAAGAAGAUGGGGAGGGAGGGAAGAGGACCACAUUGAAGGGUGAAGGGAGGGCUGUCAGCCACACAAACCAAAGCAUCUCUUCUGUGUUUGAAACCUAGAAGCCAGGGUCCUAGGGACCUCAACUGGACCCUUCCCCUUCAGAA